AUGAAAGCGUUAAUAUUUCUGUCGAUUUUGGUGAUUCUGGGAGGCGCUUAUAGCAAGGUUGAAUCAGAUUUGGAGUGGUGGGAAUCAACUAUUUUCUACCAAAUAUAUCCAAGGUCUUUUGCUGACAGUGAUGGAGAUGGAAUCGGCGAUUUAAAAGGAAUAACAGAUAAGCUACAUUAUAUAAGAGAACUCGGCGUUGGCGCAAUUUGGCUCUCACCAAUAUUUCAGUCACCGAUGUACGACUUCGGUUAUGACAUUUCUGAUUUCUACGCUAUACAACAGGAGUAUGGUACCAUGGAAGAUUUUGAGGAACUCUUAGCAAAAGCGAAUAGUCUUGAUAUGAAAAUCGUUCUCGAUUUGGUACCAAACCACACAUCGAAUGAAAGUAUGUGGUUCCAAGAGGCGCUCAAAGGCAAUGAAAAAUACUACAACUAUUUUGUAUGGGAAGAUGGAGUGAUGGACGAUAAUGGUGUCAUGCAACCUCCGAACAACUGGAGGAGUCAUUUCAGAGGAAGUGCAUGGGAGUACAGAGAGGAAGUUGGGAAGUACUACUUGCACCAGUUUGUUGUUGGCCAACCUGACCUUAACUACAACAAUCCAGAUGUUGUUGAAGAGAUGAAGAACAUAAUCCGAUUCUGGCUAAAUAAAGGUGUCGCUGGAUUCAGAGUAGACGCCGUAAACUGUUUGUUCGAGGUAGAUAAAGAACUUUAUGGGGGUAAAUAUCCCGACGAGCCGCUGUCAGGACGCACUGACGUGGAUCCCGAGUCUCACGAUUAUUUAGACCACAUUUUUACGAAGGACCAAAACGAAACAUACUAUAUGGUGUAUGAAUGGAGAGAUGUGUUCGAUGAAAUAUCCGAAAAAGAUGGACUUCCAAGAGUCAUGAUGACUGAGGUUUAUGCGUCAGUAAAGGAUGUCGUAAGAUAUUUUGGUGAAGGUGAUAGAGAAGGUGCUCAAAUGCCGUUUAAUUUUGAUUUAAUCACUGAUGUUGAUGCGUCAUCAUCUGCUGCUGAUAUCAAGAGGGCUGUUGACAAGUUUUUAACAUAUAAACCUCUUGAUAGGGACGCCAAUUGGGUGGUUGGAAACCACGAUAAUAGUAGAAUGGCGACCAGAUAUGGUUCUGCUUUAGUAGAUGGUAUAAACAUGAUCGUGUUACUUUUACCUGGCGUUGCUGUUACUUAUAUGGGUGAGGAAAUCGGGUUGGUCGACGGAUUCGUAAGCUGGGAAGAUACGGUAGACCCAUCUGGAUGUAAUACGAACGAUCCUGUUAAUUAUGUCAAGUCUUCCAGAGAUCCUGAACGAACACCCUUCCAAUGGAACGCUGAAAUAAAUGCGGGAUUUUCUACGGCUGACAAAACAUGGCUGCCUGUAGCAGACGGGUUUGAAAUGUUAAAUGUUGAAGCGCAGAAAUUAGCGGAGCGGUCAAAUCUGAAGGUUUAUCAAGCUUUGGCGGAUAUGAGGCUAAACGGAGUGUUCAGAUAUGGACGAUAUGAAUCCUUGGCUUUGAACAGCGACGUCUUUGCUUUUAAAAGAUGGCAUAACAGUGAGACGUACGUGAUCGUAGUGAACAUGCGAGAUACAGAGCACGAGGUGGACUUAACCUACUUCGAGAAUGUUACCGGAGAUGCUAGUGUUGUUGUGAGAAGUGUACACUCGCCGAAGAAUGAAGGAGAUAUGCUUCAAGUAUCGUCUCUGCCCGUUGCUGGAUAUGAAGGAAUAGUUUUGAAGAUGGUUUAA